UUUUUUCACGACCCUUGAGAAAAAAAUGCAGAUCUUCAGCAAAGUGUUGAGAGAUACUGAUGUCCAUGUUCGGUUCUCGUUCCCAACUCAUUGCUUAGAGCAUUUAGAUUUUGCUGGAAAUAAUUAUGUUGAUUUGUAUGUUAAAGAUAGCUGUGGUGAGCUUCGAGUUAUUCGUUGCCUGAAGAGAAAUGGAGUUUAUGACAAGCCAGUGCUUUCUAAGGGCUGGCUUAAAUUUGUUGCUGAUUAUGGACUGAGAGUUGGUGACAAGGUUGUUCUUCAUCGUGAUGAUGACCAGAACCUGGGGUCACAGUUCAUGAUUGAAGCUAAGAGGAGAAUCAUGCUGCUUGGUGAGGAGGCUUGGGGUGAUGUGACAAGAGAUAACUAGCUAUUAUUUGGAUGUUCGGCCAUAUCCAGAUAUAUAUAGAAGAAUGAAUUUAUGUGUGUGUUUAUGUUUGAGUGUUUGUAGUGAUCAUAAUCAAUGUCAUCUGCGUCAGUCUAAUUAAAUAAAUGUGUUGCUGUUCUUGGUUUCUUGAAUAUGUAUUACGUGCAUGUAAUUCUCAGCAAUAAUGGAUUUAAUUAAUUAUAUAUGAUCA